AUGGUUGCCCCCUCAAAAGACCAGAAGAUCAAGCAGCCAUCAAACUCUCCUCCGCAGUCUUCCCCACUCCUCUGUGAAUGUAACGCAUAUACACGCUCCCUCAACGCAACAUGGCUGAGCAAGCCCCCUCAUCUUCUGUCGCCAUCACAACCAGCGGCAAAGGUCGUUAAUGUCCCCCUCCCUUACCUCCCAUAUGAACUAACAACCCUACUCAGACUACCUCUCCCAAAGCGUCACCGUCUUCGCCGACCUUUCGCCCACGGACCCCCUGUGAUUACGUAUCUACUCAAUGUCUUGUCACCCUUCAAGCAAGAUCCCUCUCGCCACAUGCUCUUUAACGCUGUCUUCACAGCUGCUGCACUGAACGGAGCGUCGUUUGCGGAGGCAGACGGGUGGCGCUGUGUAGGCGUGCUGAUGGCGCCAGGGAAGAGCAUGGAUAAUCCACUCACGCUGGUGCAGAGUGGGUUGUUUGGGGUGGCCUGGAAUUUGGGGGUAAAUGGGGUGUGGGGAAGGGUUAGCCCCCUCUAUGUCUCUACUUCUUCUAUAAGUCCCAUUACUCCCAUUACUCCCCUCCUCCUCACCCCUCACUUCUCUUCUCCCUCUAACCUAAAACAAGGCCUCUCAACCCAUCUGAUCCACCAUUUCCAAUCCCUCGCCGCCGCAACCCACGCCCCUAUCUGGCUCAAGGCUACGACCGCCUCUUGGCACGCAUUAUACGGAAAACUAGGCUUCAAGACCGUGGGCGAGAUAGCGCUGGGUCAGGGCGUGGCCGGGGCAGAUGGGUCAGUUUCGAAAGGCGGCGAGGGGGUCAGGAUUUGGGGAAUGGUGUGGUGUCCGGCUUAUGAUCAGGAGGAGUUGUGUGAGAGAGAUGAGAAGGUUAUAGGCCAGAGGACGAUGGUGAGGAGUGUGUACUACAGUCUAGUUCGGCAUAGAUAGUUCUUAGACAUGUGCGAGAGAGGUCGAUGAGACUGAGAUGGCUGAGAUGCGUACACGGGAGGUGGUUCGGUACUGGAAGUGAAGCCAACCCAGCGCGCUAUCUACAUGACCU